CCCUUGAAGUCAGCUGACAGUAGCAGCACAUGACACACAAAACCGUCCACAUGACUCUUCUCUCACAACUGCUUUUAGAGCAACAAUAUCCGCUACAAAUCUGCUUCAUUUAGAGAGCAAGGCAAACAAGAAGUUGCUGCAUUGCCAGACUUAUAACCUUGGCUGUUAAUCUGUUCAGGCUGCAGAAACCUCGCUUCCGGAAAAGGGGAUUUUCGGGAAAUUCUACGUCGGUAUCGGCAUGCAACAAACAGUGGUUAUUUUUUUGCUGGCAUUCUCCUCGGCCACCCAGGCUCUGGACAAUGGUCUGAUGAGGACCCCACCCAUGGGCUGGCUGGCAUGGGAGCGAUUCCGCUGUGACAUUGAUUGUGAAAAUGAUCCUCAGAACUGCAUUAGUGAGGUGCUGUUCAGGGACAUGGCAGACCGACUGGCUGAGGAUGGCUGGAGAGAGCUCGGUUAUGUCUAUGUUAACAUUGAUGACUGCUGGGCAUCAAAGAGCAGAGAUACACAAGGACGACUGCAGGCAGAUCCAAAGAGGUUCCCAGGUGGCAUUGCUAAACUGGCACGCUAUGUUCAUGACCGUGGGCUGAAGCUGGGAAUUUAUGGUGAUUUGGGAACUUACACCUGUGGAGGAUACCCUGGUACAACCCUGGAUAAAAUUGAGACUGAUGCACAGACCUUUGCUGAAUGGGAAGUUGACAUGCUUAAACUUGAUGGCUGCUACUCCAACGCCACUGACCAGGAGCAGGGCUACCCACGUAUGUCAAAAGCCCUUAAUGCCACCGGCCGUCCGAUUGGCUAUUCCUGCAGUUGGCCUGCCUACCAGGGUGGACUUCCUCCUAAAAUAAAUUACACUCUGCUUGGCGAGAUCUGUAACCUGUGGCGUAAUUAUGGUGAUAUUGAGGACUCAUGGGACAGCAUCCUGAACAUUGUGGACUGGUUUGCAAAAAACCAGGAUAUCCUGCAGCCUGCUGCUGGACCAGGACGCUGGAAUGACCCUGACAUGCUGGUCAUAGGAGAUUUUGGCCUCAGCAUGGACCAGUCUCGUUCUCAGAUGGCACUGUGGGCAAUAAUGGCAGCUCCUCUUUUCAUGUCUAAUGACCUGAGGACCUUAAACAGCGGGGCACGUGCUAUACUGCAGAACAAAGCUGCCAUCGCCAUCAACCAGGACCCCUUGGGCAUCCAAGGAAGAUGCCUGAUAAAGGAGAGCAAUGGCAUAGAGGUGUUCUGGCGUCCUCUGUCUAAUAAAGCAAGUGCUUUGGUGUUCUUCAGCAGAAGAACAGAUAUGCCGUACCGCUAUCAGACAUCUCUGAAGGUGCUCGACUACACACCUGGCAGCUAUAAGGUGUAUGAUGUGUUCAUGGAGAAGACCAUGCCUACACUGAAGGACACCACAGAGUUUGUUGUCUCAAUCAAUCCCUCAGGAGUGGUGAUGUGGUAUGUUGUUCCAUCAGCUGAGUGGCAGGAACAGCCCAAAUUCCACCAAGCAAUUGUCAAAGCUGAUUCUUUUAUUGUGUAAAUAGUCUUUUUUACUAUCCAAACAUGAUACCACCGGCAGGAACAGUGUAGGCUAAAAAACCGAAUGAUUAUUUGAAUGUAACAGAAUGGCUCUUUUUUCAUUGUCUAUAUUUCUAUAAUAAAUUAAGGGGAAUCAUUGGAAAAACACCAGACCUGUGUAACAGUCAUUGACAGGGCUGCGCUGUGUGACAGAAAGAAUAGAGUAAACAGAAACCUGCCUUUAUUCAGCAGUCCUUGAUGACCAGGAUAAAGAAACUAGAUAAACUAACUUCUAUAUUCUGGUCAGGGUCUUGGGAGAUAUAUAUAUAUAAAUCAGCUUAGAUGGAUGAUACAAAAUUAUUUCUGUUUCAUAAUCAAGAACCAUUUUUAUUUAAGUACACAUUUUUAUUAAACUCUCAAGAGCAUUUCAUUCUGUUUGCUAAAGUUAUAGUGUUUUGUAAGUGCAACUUUUGUCAAUAUGCUGAAUAGAGUUUUAAGCAACACCACCACUGCUGCUCCCUUGGCUGACUGUGCCUUUAAUUAUCUUUCACCUAAUGCUCAGGGAUACUGGGAAUAGUUUACAAUCCACUCUUCUGAAAUGAUCAUCUAUACUGAGGUGGACUUGAAUAUUGUGAUUUUACUUGUUUUAUUUUUGGAAUUACAUUUUAAAACUAUGCUUGUAUGGACAUGUGGUGCAGUACAUUAUUGAAUAGUCACCGGUGUAUUUUGAUUAACUGAUCUAAUAUCUCAGCACUCAUUAUGCAAAUCAGUUUAUUUAGAAAUGGCAAUUUUAUGUUUUCAAUUAAAAUUCUGAUCUCCUCAGA